UUUCCACUUCCCUCCCUUCCGCUCCAUUGUUUCAGUGGUGAAGGGAUUGAAAGACACCGUGUGUUACAACUGGAAUAACAGAUGCUGUGGAAUAACACUGACACAGGGUAAAGGUGUGCGUCGGGCACCACCCGUCAGUGCCGGGACAGGAUGUGAUGUCACAGCGGUAAGCGGCUCGUGGUCCAGCUUUGUGUUAGCGAGCGGGGACCCCCCCCCUCCCGCUCCAAGGACAGGAGACAUGUUUGAGGUCAAACCCCGGGCGGUGGAGAAGAAAGAGUCGAGCACGGAGACAGAUGAGGGGCUGGGCAGCAGCGGGAAGCGCUACGGCUCGCUGGGCUCCGGCUCGGCCGACUCCGGCUCCGUCUACCUGUCGGACAGCCAGGACUGGGCCGUCUCCCCCGGCUGCUCCCCGGACGGAGGCCCCGCGCAGCACAGCGCCAUCUCCCCCGUGCUGGCUGAGGAGACCUUCCGCUACAUGACGUAUCUUGCCUUGGAGCCCUCUUCCUAUUCCCACCCAGGCUCUCAGAGCCUCUCCAAAGUCCUCAGCGGGGAUCGCGUGGAGCAGAUGACCAAGACUUACAAUGACAUCGAAGUGGUCUCGCACCUUUUGGCGGAGCGGGACAGAGACUUGGAGCUGGCAGCUCGGAUCGGUCAGUCCCUUCUGCAGAGGAACCACCUGCUGCAGGAACGCAACGAGGCCUUAGAGGAGCAGCUGGCACAGGCCCUGGACCAGGUUCACCAGGUGCAGCAUGAGCUCGGCAAGAAGGACGAGUUGCUGCGCAUGGUGGCCAGCGCCUCGGAGGAGAGCGAGACUGACUCCAGCACGUCGACGCCGCUGCGGCAGCCCCGCCCGCUUGGGGGGACCAUGGCCGCCGCCGCACUCAGCCAGCUGGAGUCUCUGCAGAGCAAGCUGCAGGACCUGGAGGAGGAGAACCUGUCACUGAGGUCUGAGGCGUGUCAACUGAAGAGCGACACCGUCACCUACGAGGACAAGGAGCAGCAGCUGGUGAACGACUGUGUCAAGGAGCUCCGAGAGUCCAACAGUCAGAUGGUGUCUCUGACGGACGAGCUGUCUCAGAAGAACGAGGAGCUGCUUAGACACCAGGGGGAGAUCUCUCAGCUGCUCUCCCAGAUAGUAGAGCUGCAACACAGAGUGAAGGAGCUGGCUCUGGAGAAAGAGGAGCUGAGGAUCCACCUGCAGGCAUCUAAAGAAGCUCAGAGACAGCUCACAGCAGAGCUGGACGAGUUGGCGGACACGAAUGCUGAGUGUGUAGAGAUGCUCCAUGAGUCCCAGGAGGAGAUCAAGGACCUCCGCAGUAAAAACACCCCCUCUGCUGGGAUGCGAAGGCACCUCUCCUACGGCCUCUACCCCAUGGACUCCCUGGCAGCAGAGAUUGAGGGCACCAUGAGGAGAGAGCUGAGUGUAGAGGAGGAGGCCGCCUCUCAGGACCAAAGAGUAUCCCAGAAGCGAGUCUUCCAAACAGUCCGCUCCAUCAACGCCUCGGCGUUGCGUCCAGCUUCGGCCACGCCUCCCAUCCCCGGCUCAGGACAGAGCUCUCUAGUGAUGACCGCACAGCCCUUUACGUCCACUCAGGGGGAGGAGGUGCGACUGGGCCAGCCCGGCUGUCCAGGAGGAAACGACCUGACCAGAGCCCUCCACCGGCUGUCGCUGCGACGGCAGAACUUCCUCUGCGAGCGGCAGUUCUUCCAGGCGGAGCGUGAGAAGAAGCUGCAGGCCCUGGAGGGCGACGGGGAGGGCAGCGGCUGCAGCUCACCGAUGGGCAGCGUGACGUCUUCUUUCUCCAACCUGUCGGAGCUCUCCUUCAGCUCCAGCAUGUUCAAGACCUUCCUGCCCGACAAGCUUCAGAUCGUCAAGCCCAUGGAAGGCUCAGUGACGCUGCAUCACUGGCAGCAGCUGGCCACACCACACCUGGCCACCAUCCUGGACCCCCACCCUGGGGUGGUGACCAAAGGCUUCUGUCCACUGGCUCAAGACGCCGUCUACCGCCUGUCUGACAUGGAGGAGGAUGAGGAGGACAAGGAGCACACAGGUGUCCUGGAGAAGGGGGCGGCGGAGCGGGGUAAGGAAGAGGUGGAGGACGAAGAGGAGGAAGGCGGGAUCACCUUCAAUGUGCGCUUUACGUCGACGCCGGAGGAGAGGAGAGACAGAACGCACUCUGUGUUGCCUCUCUCCCCCACCCUGCCGGCAUCACCCGGGACACCUGCCACUUCCUCCUCAGUCAGAGCGGACCUCUGUCUGACCCCCGCACCCCAAUAUGUCACAGAGAAAUCCCCUCAGCCCAUUCCAGUUACCUGUACGACCGUGGUCCAAUCACAAAGUCAGAUUUUCAUCUCCACGGCAACGUCUUCUUCCGUCCAAAAUCCAGGGAAGUGUCAGAGCUCCACCUUCUCCACCUACACCUUCACGACCUGUAGCAUCCUGCACCCUAGUGACAUCACACGGGUCACCUCGAGUUCUCAGUCGUCCCUCAUGGCCAACACACCGAGCUCCAUGAGGACAGGUCCCAGCACCCCUGUGACUCCGUGCAGACUGAGCCUGGGUGACUCAUUUCCCCCUCGACGCCCGCCUGUGCCCACCAGCGGCCUGGCCAAGCUGGUCCUGGAGAGGGGCAUCUCUGCACAAGUCUCCACUGACUCCCCCCCUCCGUCCCCAAAAACCGCAGCCCGGCAGCCCCUCUUCCGCCUCCUCCCUGGCACACCCCCUAACUCCCCAUCCCACUCGCGGGACCCCUCCCCGGUGCCCCCGGAGUCCUGCAAGCAACCGGCCGACAAUUUCCUCGCCUCGCGGCCGGCAGAGCUCUUUCUCCAGGACGUUUACGGGUUGAACCUGGGCCGCGCCCGACAUCCCAACCUACCAAGCCCUUCACAGGGAACCCCAGCCCGUGUCCCGUCCCCCAAGUCGGGGCGCGCCAAGCCUGACCUCGGCCUGGUGGAGAGGCUGCGGCGACUGGGGUUCUCCAAGGUGCUCCAGAGUGCAGAGUCUGAGGCUCCACGCCAGGAUUCUGCUACUUUUGUUUCGGCAGGCGGGGGAAGCUUACUGGACGGGCUGAGGCGCAACCAGAGCCUCCCAGCCAUGAUUGGUGCCCGAGCGGGGAAGUCAGCCGGUAUCCCGACACCUCCUCCUCACCCCACCUCCCUGGCCCUCCCGCCACCAUCCUGGGGAAACCCCAAAGGGCGGCGACGGCAUCUCGCCUCCGUCCCCCAUGCCCCGUCAAGUUCAACCAAACGCUGAGGGGACGAGGUGGCUGGACCGCGAGGGCAGACACUCCAACCUCUCUUUUACACCUCCUCCCCUCAUCUCUCCUCCUCUCUGCCUUUUGGAGAAGAGGGCAGAACAAUCCCUCCUUUUUAACCUCCCUUCAAAGCACAAUUCAAUGAAAAACUGACUGUUUUUAGCUACGCCGCUGUGUCUACGUGCGUAGACAUUCGCCAUGGCCCUAGUAACCCAGGCCUUAGCCCGCCUCCGACUGGGUUGCCCAGCGCCCGAUACCUUCUCAGUCAUUAACUCGGUUCUGUAGUUUUCCUGCGAGGCUCUGGAUGCUCAGGUGCAGGGAUAGGAGGGAGGGGACAGUAACGCGUACGUGGACGAGGGUUUGUGGAUGUUGAUUAGAGGAGAUGGAGUUAUAGUGAAGGAAUACGUCUGUCAGAAGGGAAAGUAAGUGAAAGGUAAAAGAGGACGGCUGAGCAUCCAGUCUUGCUAUUCCAAGGGCUUGUUCUGGAGUGGGUUAGACAAGCUUUAUAUCAAAUAGUAUCGCGCUAUAAGCAUUAUACAGCAAAUGCUUUAAGGUCAUCUCCAAAUGAAAACAGAAGGGAUUCAACAUGCUUUUAUAAUUUGAGGGCUUUAAGUGCAAGCUGGUUUAAUACUGCCAGACUAACCUUAUAGUCAGACCACGCCAUUAACAUGCCGGUAUUAAUAUUCUAAUCAUUUCACUGGUCUGGUGAGCGUACAUGCCUCCCGCAAGUCUCUGCAUGAGAAGUCGGAGGCAACCUCGUCCACGGGGUUCCCAGCAUGCACCUGUCGGCGGACGGGCGGGGGCCGGGCCGAAGGGCGAGGAAGCCCGGGUCUGCCUUUUCCUUCGGGUCCUUGUGUUCAGCGUGUUUCUGAUGGUCGGAGGCCUUAAGUAGAAGCCAGCACUGUUGUGGUUCAUGUUCCUGUGAGGCCAUGUUUGUGUGUAGUCGUUGCACUACAGUGGGAUUUGGAGGUUGGGUUCGUUUUUGAGGAUCACUGCUUGGUUGAAAACAUUUCGCUGUUGGCCUUUUUUUAUUUUAUUUCAUUCAGGUUCAGUCUGAUAAAGGGAGGAAAAAUAUUAACACCAUUUAGUAUGUCACAUAUGUGGUUCACAGACUGGCCAGCAGGUUGGAGUAUUCCUGCAGCAGAGCAUAAAGAAAGUUCAUCUAUAUUACUCGUUUCCAUUCUAUAAUUUCAUGCUUUUAGACACCAGGAAGCGCAGACCCCCGUGACCCAACCAGACCUUCCACUCAGCUUCCGCACUUUGUUUUCGUGACACCGCUAUUUGAAAUACACAGAUUUUAACAUGUUAAUGAGAACACUGUAACGACCUCGGCUAACAUUUAGACUUAUUUUAAUGUGUUUUUUGCAUUCCGGCAGAAGGGAAUCCAAAUUAAGCCAACAGUGAUGCUAUUUUUUUUUUUUUUUCAAGUAAUGGAAAACGUGUGUUUUUGUGCUAAAUAACUAACAUAUUUAAGGUUUUUUUUGUGUAUGUUUGUCAGAGUUUAGAGCAGAGGAAAGAAGACACAUCCAGACUUCUUGUAGUAGUUGUCAUAUCCCCUGUUUUUCCAGGAGAGCAGGAGGUUCAGGUGUGUGUGUGUGUGUGUGUGUGUGUCUUUCUUUCUUUCUUUUGCUAAAUGAUAUAAUGUCACUUCCUCAUGCCUACCUUCUAAGAUCAUGAUCCUCUGUAAACUACUCAUGGCUAUUAUUCAACUGCCUCUCUUUUUUAAAUAAAGCAAUGGAAACAAA